AUGGGAAAAUGUGAAAAUUGCUAUGAAAAAUAUGAAAGAUUUACUGAAGACAUCUUUGCAAAAUUGGGUGGUUUUAUCUCAAAACAUCCGAUAACAAUUCUAGCCAUCUGCAUUUCAGCAAAUCUGCUUUGUUUGCUUGGUUUCAUAAAUAUAUCGGUUGAAAAUGAUGUGGAGGUCCUGUACACCCCAGAGAAAAGCCAAUCAUUUAAAGACCGAGAAUUUUUGAAAAAUGUUUUUUCUGAUCCAACAACCAGCAAUUUUGAAUCAUAUCAGUUGGCGACAUUUGGCAGAUAUGCAGACAUAAUGAUUAUUUCAAAGAAUACGUCAGACAUCAUGAAUCAGUUCUACGUUGAUGAAAUAAACAAUAUUGAUGACUUCAUCAGGAAUUUGAUAACUAUUCAGGAACCAAGUGGAUCAACUUACAAGUAUGCUGAUGUAUGUGCCUUAAGCAAUUCUGGAUGUAAUAUAUUUGGAAACAUCGUUUUGACACCAAAUUUUCAACAACAAUUCGUGUCUAAAAAUGUAUCAUUUCCUAUGUUUAAUUCAAAUGUAAUUUCUCCUCUUUUUGCACGUUCGGAAACCAACAAUUCCAUGCUUCUUUCCACUAUCGGGGUAAAGUUGCGAUACUAUCUCCGACAGAAUACGUCAUUGUCCGAGAUGUGGGAACAGGCAUUUUUAACACAAAUCACUAAUUUAAAAACAAACAUAACAGAUAUUGGGUUUGCAACUUCCGAUUCUCUUGGAACAGAGCUUGACAAAAACACAAACGGGGACAUCAAGUUUUUCUCGCUGACAUUCACCCUGAUGAUGACAUACGCUUGUCUGGCGUCAGCCUCGCCUUGGCUGAAAUGUAAUAACAUAGCGAACAGACUUAAUCUAGGGAUAGCGGGAGUCAUUGCACCAGUCUUGGCGAUCGGGUCUGCCCUUGGAUUUGUUUGUGGAAUAGGGGUGAAAUUUACCAAUAUUGUGGGAGUUAUGCCUUUCUUGAUAAUUGGAAUAGGCAUUGACGACAUGUUUAUUUUGAUGUCUGGAAUGGCUGAAGCACCAUCCUUGUCGACUGAGUCAAUAGAAAACAGGAUGAAACACAUGCUGAAAAAGACCGGGAUAGCAAUAAGCAUAACGUCUAUCACAAAUCUUCUGGCAUUUGCUAUUGGAGCAUCCUCUGUAUUCAUCAGCAUCAGGAAUUUUUGCAUAUUUACCGGGGUGGCCGUAUUAUUUUGUUAUUUCAAUCAGCUAUUUUUCCUAUCGCCGGCAAUUUGUUUGAAUGAAAAACGAACAAAGGAAGAACGACAUUACUGUUUAUGCUGUCUGAAAUUGAAUAAAGAAAAUUCGGGAAAUUCAACAGUCGAAGACAAAAUGCAGACAAAUAUUUGCAUGUCCGGUAAAAUCCCAGAAACACGAGAAGAUGUAGAGAGCUUUCUGGAAAAAUAUCCUAAACAAAUUGCUAUCAGAGUGCUUUCUCAUAUUGCAGGAAAAAUUAUAAUAUGCAUUUUGUUUUUGGUAUAUAUAACAGCCGCUAUCUAUGGAACAGUCCAUUUGAAACAGGGUCUUCUUUUGUACAAUUUAGUUUCAGAAAAUUCUUAUUUUUAUAAAUACAGCUCUUGGGAUGACAAGUUUUUUACUGUCGAGCUGGUCAUUGCGAUAUGCAUUAAAACUGAGCAGAAAUAUUCCCUACCCUCAACACAAUAUCACGGCUCGGUAAUCAUAUCCAAAGCUAAGCAAGAUCCAGCGAUAGAUGACACUUUUGAAAUUAACUGGUUACAAGCUUACAAGCGAUCUCCAUUCUAUAACAACAAUACUGAAGUCAAUUUCAUUAAUGGUUUGAAAUCCUUUCUAAACAGCGCGCCCCGUUUUUCAAAUGAUGUAGUUUUUGACAUUUCUGAAACAAAAAUCAUAUCAUCAAAAUUUUAUGUGAAAGCUAUCAACAUAAAAUCUACAGAGAGUCAAGGAUCUUUGAUGAAACGAUUGCGUGAAAUAAGUGAGUCUGCGUCACUCCCAUGCUUCUUUUUCACACCGGCCUUCAUAUUUUUUGAACAAUUCGUACAAAUAUUACCCAGUACUUUACAAACUGUUGGUAUAGCAGUUGUCGUUAUGUUGGUUGUGACGCUUGUUUUCAUGCCUAAGCCGUUGAUGGUUGUUACCGUUGCUGUAACAUUGGUGAGUAUCAUUGUUGGGAUAUUUGGUUUCAUGUACUUUUGGGAUCUGACCUUGAGUUCAAUCACAAUGAUCCACCUCGUCAUGAGUGUAGGGUUUUCGGUAGAUUUUAGCGUACAUAUAUGUCAUGCAUUCUUAUCGGCCAGAUUUGAAAAUGAUGUGAUAAAAAAGGCUAUAGAUAAGGCGGGUGGACCUGUUUUCAAUGCCGCUCUUUCCUCUUUGCUUGGUAUACUAAUGCUAGCCUUUUCUAGUAGUUACAUAUUUCUCUCAUUUGGGAAGGUCAUGUUUCUUGUGAUUAUAUUUGGACUGAUUCAUGCAGCCUUAUUCCUUCCUUUGCUCUUGUUUGGUUUCAUAUCAUUGGCAAAUAAGACAAGGGUUGCGAAUGCCGAGAAGAAGACAGGUUCUUCUGUUAGAAACCUGAAUGCGACGAAUUGAUAUAUUUUCAUAAAUGAAUUUAAUGAAGACUAAAGGAUAUUGUCAAUGUGAUGUCUUCUUUGUGAGUAACUGUAAUGUAUUCUUAUAUCAUAUCGAUUGAUUGAGUGAUUGUAUAUUGCUUAACGUUCCUCUCGAGAAUAUUUCACUCAUACGGACACGUCAUCAUUGCCAGUGAAUGGUUUCAAAAUUUAGGCCUUUGCUCGGCACUUAUGACUGUGGUACACGGAACCUCUGUUUUCGUAGUCUCAUCCGAAGGAUCGCCCCAUUACUCGCCUGUUAUGAAAAGCACGGAGUACGAAUGAUCUAUUCUAAUCCAGAUUUCCACGGGGUUAUAUCAUAUCGACAUUUAGUGAACAUUGAAUUAAUAUAAUUCACAUUGAAUAAUUCUAAUUUAUGGACAUUAAAUUAUGUUUAAGUAACCUGCCUCUCUCUCUGCUCUCUCUCUCUCUCUCU